GCCCCAGGACACUGAACCUUUGGAGUUUGAUAUGAUGUGAUUACAGAAUCACCCCAGUGACACGUUGCCAAAUUCAGCAGAAUGAGGGUCUGAGUCGUCUGGGUGGUGAUCUCUGAAAUUGCUCAGUGAGCACACCUAAUUUUGCUGAUUUAUUGCUGAUAAUCACUCACAAUGGAAACCAAUCAAAAAAGCGCGGAUGGAUUGGCGGGUACGCAGAAAGAGACUGCGCUGCGUGCUCUGAUCCAGCGCACAGGAUAUCACAUACACCAGGAAAAUGGCCAGAGGAGAUAUGGCGGUCCACCACCGGGCUGGGAAGGUCCACCUCCAGAGAGAGGCAGUGAGAUUUUUGUGGGAAAGCUUCCUCGAGACCUCUUUGAGGAUGAAUUGGUGCCGCUCUGUGAAAAAUUCGGCAAAAUUUACGAAGUACGGAUGAUGAUGGACUUCAGUGGAAACAAUCGGGGCUACGCAUUCGUUACCUUCUACACAAAACAAGAAGCUAAGAAUGCCAUGAAACAACUGAACAAUUAUGAAAUCCGGAAUGGAAGACUUCUUGGUGUGUGCGCAAGUGUAGACAACUGUCGUCUGUUUGUGGGCGGCAUUCCAAAGACCAAAAAGAGAGAAGAGAUCCUGGCGGAGAUGAAGAAGGUGACGGAUGGUGUCAUGGAUGUCAUCGUUUAUCCAAGUGCUGCUGACAAGACCAAGAAUCGAGGUUUUGCAUUUGUGGAGUAUGAGAGCCAUAGAGCUGCCGCCAUGGCCAGGAGAAAACUGCUGCCAGGGAGAAUUCAGCUGUGGGGUCAUCCUAUUGCAGUAGACUGGGCUGAACCUGAAGUAGAGGUGGACGAGGACACCAUGGCCACAGUGAAGAUCCUCUAUGUUCGCAAUCUGAUGUUGCCCACCACAGAGGAAACGCUAGAGAAAGAAUUUAACAGCAUCAAACAUGGUGCCGUUGAAAGGGUGAAGAAGAUCAGAGAUUACGCUUUUGUGCAUUUCUCUCAAAGAGAGGAUGCCAUCAAUGCCAUGAACGCACUGAAUGGAAAGGUCAUUGAUGGUUCUCCCAUUGAGGUGACUCUAGCCAAGCCUGUGGAUAAGGACAGCUAUGUUCGGUACACCCGAGGCACAGGGGGUCGUGGCGGAACUGUGCUCCAAGGAGACUAUGCUUACACUGUAGGCCAGAUGUACGACCCCUCAGCAGCCUACCUAGGAGCACCAAUAUUCUAUGCCCCCCAUGCUUACCCAGCCAUCCCUAAUCAGUUCCGCUUUCCCAGUACCAAAGGGCACAUUAGUUCCAGGGGGCUGGUGCGCUCCCCCUCUGUGAGAGAAAUUUACAUGAAUGUACCUGUAGGGGCAGCGGGCGUACGUGGUUUGGGUGGGCGAGGGUACCUCGCUUAUGCAGGCAUGGGUCGUGGCUGUGCCACAUACCAACUCAAGACAGACAAACACCCAGAUGACAAACUCUAUGACCUUCUUCCUGGUAUGGAGCUCACACCCAUGAACCCAGUCACCCUGAAGCCCCAAGGCAUCAAACACGCCCCACAGAUCUUGGAGGAUAUUUGCCAAAAGAAUAACUGGGGGCAACCCGUUUACCAGCUUCACUCUGCUAUGGCACCAGAUCAGAGGCAACUGUUCCUUUACAAAGUCACCAUCCCAGCUCUGGCUACACAAUAUCCAAAUAUACAUCCGUUCACCCCCGCCAAGCUCUGCGCAUCAGUGGAUGAGGCGAAGCUGCAUGCAGCCGAACACACGCUGCAGAUCCUCGGUGUUCAGACAGAGGGCGCUGACGCUUCCGCUGCUGCGACCGUCGCUGCUGCAUUCCCAGGUUAUACGAUUGCCAGCACCACUGCUACCCAGCUGAAGCAGGCUGUUUCUCUGGGCCAGGACCUGACUGCCUAUGCAACAUACGAGGGUUACCCUGCCUUUGCUGUGGCAACCCGUGGAGAUGCAUAUGGAGUGUUUUAAACCUUUAACUAACGGUCUCUGUAAUCUUUAUGUUAAUCUGUUCCAUUCUGUUGUGUUUCUAGGUUCAGUAGUGAUUGUUUGUUUAGAGUUAUGAUAACUUUAUUUCUUCCCAAGUGUUUUUGAGGAUCUUUGCAAUAUUGAGGAACAUGAGUCAUCUUUUGACUAAACUCAGGAAGAGGGCCGUCUGAAGGCUGCCAACAUCUCAAUCCCAAACAUUUCCAAACAUUUGUCAAAGCUUCAAUUCCCUUGAUUUAAACAUAACUUGUGUCAUAAAUUGUGCUCAUUCAGAAUGGUGACCCCAUCAGAUUUGAAUUGUGACUAAGGGUGCUUUCACACUUGGUUGACUUGCCUGGUCCAGACCCGAGUUCGGUUGCUCAUUAAAAGCGGUUCACUUCCACGAUUUGGUACGAUUGCGGUCACAUAAGCAGCGAACCGUGAAGCAGCGUCACAUGAAGCAUACCCAGGACCACCGUUCACAUCAUCCAAACAAACCGAACUCUGACAUCAAUCGAACCCGGGUGCACACCAAAAGUGCUAGUGUGAAAGCACCCUAAAUAAACAACAUUUAUGCUGGACCCUUGUUCAAUGCUGCCUGCUGCCUUUGAACGACUGCCUUUAACAAUGAAUUAUUACAACUGAAUGUAACUUCGACACACAUAGCACUAUGUGCUACAUUAUACAGACUUUUAUCCAGACAUUUGCUGCGUCCGAAAUGGCAUACUUCCCUAUGAUAUAGUAUAUGAAAAACAGUAUGUGAGCCAAAUAGUAUGUCCAAAUUCAGAGUAUUUGAAAAACAGGAGAAGAACCCGGAUGACCUACUACUUCUGAUUCUGAAGUGCAAAUAUGAUAGACACAUUACUAUCCCAUGAGGCCACGGGAGAGAAUUUAUGAGUGGAAAUGAAGCGACACAACAGACACUGGUAGGUCAUGUGACAGCAGCAGCAUUGCAGAUGAAGUACGUCCAGAUUUCAUAUGAAAUGCACUUUUUUUAACAGUCGUAAAGUAAAUUAAAAUGUAGUAGCUACUCAGACAGUAUGCGAUUUCGGACCCACCUUUAUAUAUACCUUUAUAAGCUUUGGUACUGUAUUUAAAGUGGUUUGUUUUUGUGUUGUUUUUCUUUCAGUAUUUACAUUAACACCUAAGUACAGAGAGAUUUAACAGAUGAAACCCAUUCAUACUCCUUUGUAUGUAUCUGCAUGUUUUAUGAUCAUUUUAGAUAUGGUUGACACUGUGUAUCUGGUUCUUUGAGAAGUAGUUUUGCUAUAUUUUAUAAGAUAUUUACAGGCUUGCUACUAAUAUUUUCCCACUUCUAAGUGGGGGAUGUAAGAGCAAUUGUUUAAAUACACAUGGACACAUUUUUGUUAAAUAUUAAAAUGCCUUAAAGGUGACAGUAUUAAAGUUUGUGUGUCCCUUAGAACUUAUUUUUAUACCUGAAUUCCAACUCUGUUUGUAUGAACUUUGUUAAUGGAUCAUGGCAUGUUGAAAUAAUUUAUUAUCUAAGUGAUUGGCAUCAGAAAUAGAGGGGGAAUUAUCAGGACGGCAUCAUCAGGACAACAUUUUUUAAAAUAAAAAUAAGCUGAGGUCUUAAUAGUGCUACAAAGUAAGAGAGUUAUGAAAAUAUAAUUCUAGGCAAAAUCAACUAACCAUCAAUAAAUCAAAUUCACUUCU